AUGGCAGACAAGGAACCCCUCGCCGAUCUUCAGCAGAUGAUUGCGACGUACAAUAAAGAUGACCCGGCUAGUUGGACUCGACUUGAUGAUGCCAUGGAGAAAGUGCGCAGAGUAUUGGAGCCUCCUCACGUCUUUGCUAUGAAGCAGCGACUCCAUACAAUGAACAAUCUUUGCAUAGUGGUGGCCCUCGAAAUGGGCUUGUUACAAACCCUAGCCACCAACCAAGGCAAGAGUCUCAACGACAUGAUCUAUCCUCUCGCAAGUAGAAUGCGCCAAUACCUUCGGCAAAACAAACCUGUCAAUAGCGAGACGACUCCAGCAUACGAUUUUGCCAUGGGAGAGACUGUCUGGCAAACCCUAGCCAAAGAUAUUGAAUGGAAAACGGGUUUUGACAACAACAUGACCGCUCGGAAUAAAACUCUCUCUGUCCCCUGGCAUGUGAAGUACCCAGUUAAGGAGAAGCUGGCCGCACGGCCGGUGUCCACAAAGCCGGUUAUUGUUGAUGUCGGUGGUAAUCAGGGCGUCGACCUGCAGCGUUUUGCUGAUACAUUCCCUGAUCUCGAGUGUAGGCUGAUCCUACAGGACUUACCGGAGACAUUAGCUGGGAUUCCAGGCAAGCUUGAUUCUAGAAUCAAGCCAACGGUAUAUGAUUUCUUUACAGAGCAGACUGUAAAGGGUAAGUCGUGA